AGCAAUUUGUCCGUACGGUAAUAACAAAUUAGUCCACCGAAAUUAAAAUCAUUAAUUAUAUAUAUUAGGGGUUAGGCAACGGUUAUUAAUUACUUGACUUGAAACUGUGAAGUCGCCAUUUUACUGAUUCAUAAUUUCAUCGCCGACCACUCUCUCCCUCUCCCUCCAAAGCGCUCUUUCUUGAAACAGUUACAAAAUAUUGGCCUCGCUGUUUCUUUCUACUUGAAGAAUGCCCAUUUCCUGUUCAUUUUUAACCAUUUUGAGCAGCAAGUAAUUAUUUAAUCGUUUACUUGAUUUACAUCCAAAAAGGAAGAUAAUAUUUCAUUUUACUUCGUUUAUAAUAUUUCCUUGUUUCCGAGCGCAAACCAUUUGGAAUUGAAUUGCUAGUCUGAAAAGCAUGAUUGAAGUGUCGGUUUAUAAUAGUUGGUAUGAUUAUCAAAUGAAUUUCUAGAAACAUAUUCUUUGCUUGUGAUUUGGGUUACUGGAAUCUUCUUGUAAGGUACAUGGAAGGUAAGUCAAUGGAAUUUUGUGCUCACAGGUCUUCAUUGAUUUAUUUACUUUUUUUUUUCCCGGAGGGAGUAGAUAAAGCUAGCUAUUGGAAGAUUGACCUUGACUUACUUUUUAUAAGAUUAAUGGCAGUAGCAAGACUAUUUGUCAUUAGCAAACAUGGAGGAUCAGAAGACAGAUUGUUCCAGCAUUAUUUCUGAUAUGGGCGCAAAGGGUCUCGUUUGCCAUUAUCAGUUUGAAGAAGGGUCGUCUCAGUUUGUUUUUCUAGACAUUGACAAAGAAACAGGAGGCGCCAGUAUCAACAACUCCCUUAGUUUCUCCACCAGCACUUAUCUGCAUUUUAUCUCUUCAUCUAAUGGCUUGCUUUUAUUGUCUAGUUUUGGGGAGAAUCAGCUCAACUAUCAUGUAUUCAAUCCCUUUACCAAGCAGUCUGUGACUCUUCCACCGCAUGGUAUUACCAGGCAAGUCAUCAGGUCAGGUCUCGCUUUUGAUGGAAAACAGUAUCAGGUUGUGCUUGUACAUGCUUUCAAAGAUGAAGAGAAUGGCUUGGGCCCGCUUGCUGAUGAUGUUGAACUGGAAAUCUUCUCUUCCGAAACUGGGGCUUGGAGAAACCAUCAACCUUUGAGUUUGUCUUUGAAUGUUGAAGUACCUGUCUGUGAGUUUCCUCAGUUGAACGCAACCCCACUUUUUUCCAAUGGAGCUAUUCAUUGGGAAAUAAGUGGACGGUUGCUUGUUUAUCAUGUUAAAGAUGAUUACUGUGAAGUAAUUGAACUGCCAAAUGUUUUUGAAGAUUGGUCCUGGCAAUCAACAAUGACUUACAGGCGAUGCUUGUGGGAAUCUGAGGGGAGAGUACACUACACUUACACUGAUUUUGAUGGGGUUCAUACCUGGAAUCUCCUCAAGGAAUAUGAGCAUGAUGUCUACUCACACAAUAAUGUCUAUGACAGCGAAAAAUUCAGUGGGAGCCUCACAACAUAUCUCCUUUUGCUUAUGUUGAAGAUUCCGAGACCAUGUAUUUGCAGCUUCCAGGAAUUGUUGUAGCAUACAAUACCAAAAAUCGAGUUUUGCAGAAAGUAUGCAGGUACAAAUUUCCAGGCAUCGAUUUUAAUUGCUGUUUUUUCUUCCCCUCCAUCCACAGCAAUGAGUGCCACCAGAAAAAUGCAAGUAAAUCACUACGAGUUGGAGAAGUGGUUGAUUUACCUAUAGAAAAAGAGGUGACUUCGUUUACGUUUUAAGUGGAGUUUUAUUGUACUAGCGUUCCACUUCUCGUAUAGCUUCUUGCAUCGUAAAUUCAAUUUGAUUUCCAGCUAA